CUCUUGACUUCAUCCCCUUGGUGUACUGGGAUUCCCUCCAACACAGAAAAUGACUUACUGCCCACCCCAGGAUUGUUAUCCCGAUAUAUGCCCACGUCCAUGUAUUGACGUCCGCAACGAGCCGUGUAUCUCAUCAUGCGGAGAUUCGACUGCAGUGGUCUUUGCGCCACCAGUUGUUGUGAGAUUCCCGGGACCAACUAUGGCUACAUGUCCUCAAGACAGCUUCGUAGGAAGCUCCUUACCAAAUUUGCCAAUUAGACCUGGGGGCUCAUAUGGUGGAUCAAUUACUUAUGGGGGAGGUUAUGGUGGUGGUUAUGGGGGAGGUAACAGUGUUGUUGGUUCUGGUGGAGGAUUCGGAGGCUCAACUGGUUAUGGGGGAGUAUAUGGAGGUGGAGUCGGGGGUGGUUAUGGGGGUGGUUACGGGGGUGGAGCUGGGGGUGGUUAUGGGGGCGGAGCCGGGGGUGGCUAUGGGGGUUGUUAUGGAGGCUCAUAUGGUUCUGGAGGUUCAUAUGGUUAUAACAAGAAGUCAUAUCGUAGCAUUUCUGGGGGAGGAUAUUGUGGAGUCAAGAGUGGAAACUACGGGCCAUGCUAAACCCAGAAGAACGAUCCGAGGAAUGAGAAACAAUCAGAAAAAUGACAAGAUAGAGAUUCACCACUGAUCUAAUGGACAAUGAUGCCUACAACUCGACUUGCAGACUGUGGGUGUUCAUCACCUCUAUAAAUCAGGCCUAUCUGUGUCUUCCACUUGGUACAUAUUGUUGUAGCUUUAUGAUCUACAGGUUUUGCCGCUUAGUCUUAUGCUUUCUGCUAUUUGACGUUGAACUGGCUAAAACAAGUCACUUGGUUGAAAAAGGGACAUGAUUUUCAAACUCAACAGCUUCAAGGCAGAAAGCAGAUGAUCUUGUGUGAAAAGCCUCACUUCGGAGCGGGUGAUUGGUUCUUGCUCGGAUUGUAACCCUGAAAAUACAUUCUUUGUACUCUGCGUUAAUUCAUUCUGCAAGUGUGUAGUCCACUGCUCAUUCCCAUUAAAAAUUAUUCUGCAUCAUA